CUGUAUCGGAUUACCAGUGCAAGCGAGUUCUACGAUCAAGGUUACUUUACCUACCAUUGUUAUACAGUUCAGAAAAGAGGAUUCUUCUUUCUCUCUCUAGACAAUUCUAGAUUUCCAAAAUGCUGCUUCGGAGUGCUUCAUCGCCGGUACUGAGUUCAUGGCCAUCUAUCGUCAAAGAUCAUCAGUCGUCGUCGCCAGAGGUGGAUCCGAUUCUUCAUAUUCCAAAGGUACGAUCCUUUUCCUUGUUGUCGAUGUCGACAUCGUGUUCAAUCGAUUCGGGGAAUAAGUUAUCUCGAACUUUAUCCGAGAACGAUCUGAAAGAGCUAUCGGUUUCGAAGAGAAGGCCGUUUACUAAGAGUCUUAACGGAUUACCGAUGAUUAUCACCGACGAUGAGGAGGAAUUGGCGGAGGCUGUUACUGUUUCGAGAUUGGAUCGGUUAGUUUUCUCGACUUCCGGCCUUGAUGAGGUAUGUGCUGUCGGGGUAGAAAAGAGUGGACUGGAGACAUUUGGUAAUGGAGGAGGCUGGUGUGGUGGUGGUGGCGGCGGUGGUGGUAGUGGAAGUGGAGGAUCAGAUGGUGAUGAUGAGAAUGAAGGUUAUUCAAAUUAUGGAAACGAGAAUACGGAUUUUUAUUAUCAGAAGAUGAUCGAGGCGAAUCCUGGAAAUUCCUUGAUUCUUGGCAAUUAUGCUAGGUUUCUGAAAGAGGUUCGUGGGGAUUAUAAAAAAGCAGAAGAAUAUUGUGGGAGAGCAAUAUUAGCAAAUUCAAGUGAUGGAAAUGUUCUUUCACUCUAUGCUGACUUGAUAUGGCAGACUCAGAAGGACUCUUCCCGUGCGGAGACUUACUUUGAUCAAGCUGUUAAAGCUUCCCCAGAUGAUUGUUAUGUACUAGCUUCUUAUGCUCGGUUUCUUUGGGAUGCUGAUGAAGAAGAAGAAGAAGACAAUGGGUUUCCAGUUGUUGAAAUGCAGAAUGGAGGCAGUAUGGGUUUCUUUCGAGGAACUCAUUUUCCACAGUCUCCUAUAAGUGCUUCCUAAUCCAGUCCUCCUUGUAAUUAAUUGUACUAUAUGACUGAUUAUAAUGUAGUAUAGUAGAUCUCUGUCUUCUUUUGUUCUUUCUUGUUUGGCCAUUCUGCUGCUUGUGUAAUCAAUUUUGUAAUAAACUAACAAAUCAAUAAGUACUGGUUAUUCUUCA